CCAUGGCAGCCGUGCUCUCCACCUCCAUAAACAUUAAAGAGCCACGCUGGGAUCAGGGAACAUUUGUGGGUCGCGCAAAGCAUUUCUUCACAGUCACAGACCCUAGAAACAUCCUCCUGUCGAAUGAACAAUUAGAAAAUGCACGUCAGAUUAUUCAGGAUUACAAAAAAGGUGUGGUAUCACCGGAUCUCACAGAAGAUGAGCUAUGGAGGGCGAAGUAUGUUUUUGACUCGGCAUUCCAUCCAGACACAGGCGAGAAAAUGCUCCUGAUUGGUCGCAUGUCUGCUCAGGUUCCCAUGAACAUGACCAUCACUGGAUGCAUGAUGACGUUCUACAGAACGACUCCAGCAGUUCUGUUUUGGCAGUGGAUCAAUCAGUCUUUCAAUGCAAUAGUCAACUACACCAACAGGAGUGGAGACGCUCCCAUCACAGUAAACCAGCUUGGCACAGCAUAUGUAUCAGCCACCACAGGGGCCGUGGCUACUGCUUUAGGACUAAAUGCAUUAGCAAAGCAUGUGUCCCCACUCAUAGGACGCUUUGUGCCAUUCGCUGCUGUAGCUGCUGCUAACUGUAUCAAUAUUCCACUCAUGAGACAACGGGAACUCAAACAUGGCAUUCCAGUAACAGAUGAGAAUGACAAUCGGUUAGGAGAAUCUUCAAAUGCAGCUCAACAGGCCAUUACACAAGUGGUGGUUUCCAGAAUCCUCAUGGCCUCUCCGGGAAUGGCAAUCCCUCCAUUUUUAAUGAACUCUUUGGAAAAGAAGGCCUUCCUCAAGAGGUUUCCGUGGAUGAGUGCACCCAUUCAAGUUGGCUUAGUUGGGUUUUGCCUUGUGUUUGCAACCCCAUUGUGUUGUGCGUUAUUCCCACAAAAGAGCUCUAUGGCAGUGAGCCGCUUGGAACCAGAGCUGCAGGAGAAGAUUCGAGCCAGUCAUCCUGGAAUAGAGACGGUCUACUUCAACAAAGGACUGUAAAGACAAACGUUGGUGAAUCUCCUCUCUACUGUAAUGGUUUCACGUACCAUCAAAAACAUCUUUUGUGUGCCAAAGUUCACCCGUUCCUCUCCAGGACAUACCAACUCAGUCGUUUUGUAGGAUGUUUUAAUUGUUUUUAAGCUAAAUCCUUAUUGUCGUUGCCAAUUUUUGCCGGUCUUUUGUCUGACAUGUAUAUACGUUUAGUAUUUUUUUUCUUUCAUUUAUGAAAUAAUUCAGUUUGCUGCCAGAUUAUUGAAAAUUAUUAUUCCAUGUGCCACUCAAUGUCAUUUUCAGUAAGGAUCAAAGAUGGCAGAUGUUGACCUUGUUUUUUUAUUAGUCUGCAUUGCAUUGUUGUCAGUAUUUCGUGUUUAACUCUUUAUGAUGGUUGCAGUUUAUACAGUAUUGCCAAAUUUCAUUUAAUUUCAGUUACAAGAAAAGUCAAGGGACGUCUUGUAUUAUGAUAAUAGUGCAAUCCGUUUAAAACGUUGCCAAAUACAAACCUCUGCUGCAAAUUUCCUUAGAUGCAGGUUUAAUAAACCGAUAAACUACUGCAUGAGUUUUAAUAAGAGUUUUAUCUAUUUUACUAUCCUCAGUAUUUGAGUUUCACUCUUAGGGUGUUAUACAAGAAUAGUGCGUAUGUUUAUAUAAUUUCCUCUGCCUGUCGAUGGUGCAUGAACAAACUUUUUGUAAGUGAAAAAAGUGUGAGGUUAAAGUUCAACGUAUUCUCGUUGACUGUUCCAAAGUCUGUUCCUCUAGCAGUUCAAGGAAAUGCAUUGUUUUUCUACACAAUUUUGUCAAGCCUCACCUGUUUUCUGUUUAAUGUACGACCAUUUACUUUGGUUCACCCUUGAAAAAUUCUCAUGUGCCAUAUUUUGUGUGACAUAUGUUAAUGUCCUCACACAAAACAAUCUACAUGACACCUGCUAAUACUACUCUCAUUUUUUCUGUAUCCUUUCCCACCAAUUUUGAGAAAGGAAACAUCCAUAUAGCGAUUUUAUAUAUAAAUAAUAUAAUAUAUUAAAGAAAAAUCUGAAGUGUACAUUUUCCAUUUAUGAAGUGCACCAUUGCCUUUCCAUAAAUCCUGUUCCUAUUUUCCAUCUACACUACAUGGCCAAAAGUUUGUGGACAGCUCCUUCGAAUGAACAGGUUUGCCAUUUCAGUUAUUUCUUAGGCCAAAUCUUAAUGCAACUCCAUACAGUGACAUGCCCAAGAUCCAUAAAGAACUGACUUACCACAUUUUUUGAACUAUGUUGAUUGGUCUGCAAAACUCCCUGUUCUUUUCUGUCCCAUCGCUGGAUCAAACACACUCGUAGAAAGCCUUCCUAGAUGAGUGAAAUAUGGUAUAUUAGCAAACGGAUCAGUUAAUGUUUAAUAUUUUGAAAUUAGGAGUUUAAAAAUUGCAUAUUGUGUACAGGUGUCCAUGUACUUUUGGCUAUGUUAUAUAUUUUUAGAAUUAAUGAUGUUAAUCUUUGUGAACUUUCCAUUAAAUUGACUAAGUCUUCAUGUGUUGAGGUAUUUAGAUAUGUUUAAUGUUUAAUACGUAGCAUACUAAGAGAGUGUAACAGCCUGAGCGCUCGGAUUAUUGUUGUUGUGAGACUGUUGAUGUGCCACAUUUGUUCAGUUCAUGAAUGUAGUGUUGGCAGUAAUGUAAUCAAACUAAGAGCACAUACCAUUUCUGUGAAUAUGCUGGUGGUUAUAUUGGUAACCACUAUUUGUUUUUGUUCUAAUUGUGAAAAACAGUCCUUGUUCUUGUUCUGAUUUGACAUAAAGCUGCUCAAGGACUGCUGGUUUGUUCAGGAGAAUCACAACAGCCAUUAUGAUCUUUAGACAGUUUAGCAUUAAUUAUAUACUAAGUGAAAUGCCAAUGAAUUCGUUCCCUUGUGCAUUAAACACAGCAAACGUUUAUUUCCUGAUCCCAUCAGCAAUAACUUAAUUCAAGAAGUCUGCACACGUGGAACAAAAUACACUGGGGUGGCAGGUGUGACUCAUUAGUCUACUCUUUAAAUGAACAAGUUGCUAUGAAUCGUACAAUAAUUUGUUUACAGUGAAUGAGAUGGGUGUAAGAUUUUCAAGAUGAAUAUUUAAAAAAAAUGUUUAUUAUUUUACAGUGAAUUGGGAAAUUGUACUGUGAAGAUUACACUGUACUGUGUGGAUUACCUAAAUAAAGAGUAUUAUAAAGCCAUG